AUGCAAGCUCUAUUGAAAAAUGACGAAAAGUUACAAGAAGAAUACACACAGUUAAACAUAUGGCUUAAUGUCUUCGAGAAAAAGAAGGAAAACAAAAGAAUGUUAAAGGUCAUUGACGAAAAUAACCGUGCUGUUUUUAAAAAAGCGAGAUUUUUCUCAAGUGUUGUCACUGUCUCUUACGGUACGGGCAAUGUUCAGAAAGGAAAUGCAUCAAUUGGUAGUUUAGAGGAACGCGAAUCUGCAAAAGAGUUACAAGAAAAAUUUACAAACGAACAAGAAAUAGAAAAGGUACAAGAGACGAAAAGCCAAGUUCAUCGAUCAUUAUCUCCGCCAAUCCCACAAAGAUUCUCAUUCUCAGCAUCAGAGCAAG